GCUUUAUGGUAAAGGAAGAGAACGAAGAAGAGCGAGGAACGCGGAGGAGCAGCAUCCUGCAACAGAGCAGCAAAUCCGGCGCCUUCAGAUAGCCCACGAAGAACCUGCACAACGAUGUGUCUUUGCGAUACACCAGGCAGUGUAAUGCUGUUGGGAGUUUUCUGCCUCAUAGGCAAUGUGCUUCUAUUGAUUUCGGUAUUCUUCAUGGUGAAGCUAGUGGAGGCCAUACGUCCAGAGCUCGCUACCAAAGAAGCAAGCGCACUUGACUGGGCCAGCACGGUAGCUUUCAUUGCAUUCAAUGUAGGAAGUUGUGUUCUUUCGAUCGGCCUGAUAUGGGGAGCGAAUUCUGUAAACCGUGGCCUCCUUAAAAAAGUUGUGAUUGGGACCAAAAUACGGAUCGUCGUUUUGAUCUUUUACGCAGCGUUCAGAAUUUACCUUCUAUCAACACUAGAUGAUCCCCAAGACCCGCUAGGAAUAGGCAAGAUUAAGUUAAUUGAGAUGUCAUUCCUGGGCCCCCUACAUCGGCACUCGAUUACAAACACUGCUCAACUUACGCAGUACAUGGCCAUAUGUGAUUAUAAUGUAGAAGUGUGUGUCUCACUGCUGGUACAGAUGCUUCAUUGGGCAAUCUAA